CGCUUUGAACGUCUCUCUUUAAUGUUUGUUUUUGACGCCUGAUUCGUUGAUUUUGGGGGAUUUUCAGGGUCUUGGCUUUUUUUGUGCCAUCGUUUCCAUUGAUUUUUCAAAAGUAGCAUUUGUAACAAUAAAAUUGGGAAAAUGUAAUCGUGGACGGCCCAUUGAGGCUAAUCAAUAGGAUAUAUGAUAGAGUACCGUCGACAGAUGUGAGUCAUGUCUUUCUUAUCAUGCCAUAUGAAGCUUCUCAUCUGAUUUAUGGUCUUGUCAAUGUAUUUUUCAGACAAGUAACUUUCAUGUGAUAGUGCGCCGUGACUGACUCUGAUAAUUAGAAGAUCUGCUAAAUAUUAAUUAGUUUAAAAUACUUCAUUAUCUUUCAUAGAUAGUAGAUACAUAUUUUAAUUGAAUAUGGUCACAUAUUUUAGUUUAGGAAAUCUCAUUUGUCAUUCACCAAAAAGUUCAUAAACAGUAAUUUUGUCUUAUGCAAAUAAAAAUUAUAUAUCAUUCGCUCUUUUUGUUUGUUGUAAUAUUUUCACGUGAACUCAUAAUAACAAUUUUUCAAAAAAAAAAACUCAUAAUAACAAACAAUAAAAAGAAUACUCCUAUCAUGAAAAUAAAAGACUUUAAGGUAAAAAGGAAAAGAACUGUGCAUGUCUCUUUUGGUCCAAUAAGAAAAAUAAAAAAGCUAUACAUAUAAAGAAGUGGGGGCGUUCUUUUCUCAUCUACUCAUUUCGAGGAGAAAGAAGUAUUGGCGAUGAAGAAGAACGCACUAUGGCUACUCCUCGUUCUCAUGUUGCCGGCGAUAGCCUGCAGUAGGAAACCGGAGAAGAAGGUAACGGUCUCGUCGGGAAGGAAGGAGGAAGACCUUGUGACUGGUUUGCCCGGUCAACCACCGGUUAACUUCCGACAUUACGCCGGUUAUGUCGAUCUAGGGCCUCGACAGAAGCAAAAGUCACUUUUCUAUUGGUUCUUCGAAGCCCAACACAACUCUUCUGGUCGUCCUCUCGUCCUUUGGCUCAACGGAGGACCGGGUUGCUCAUCGGUAGCUUAUGGAGCUGCACAAGAACUAGGCCCUUUCCUUGUUCGCACCAACGGUGGCAACCUUACCUUCAAUGACUUCUCUUGGAACAAAGAGGCCAAUAUGUUGUUCUUGGAAGCACCGGUAGGGGUUGGAUUCUCGUAUACCAAUAACUCAGUGGAUCUUGGAAAGCUUGGGGAUCACGUAACUGCAGAGGACUCACUUGAUUUCUUGAUCAACUGGUUCACGAAAUUUCCCGAGUUCCGGUCCAGUGAUUUUUACCUCACCGGAGAGAGUUACGCCGGUCACUAUGUUCCUCAGCUUGCAGAGGUCAUUUACGACAGGAACAAGAAGGUUCCAAUAGACUCUCGCAUCAAUCUCAAGGGUUUCAUGAUCGGGAACGCGGCGAUCAACGAGGAGACAGACAUGGCAGGACUCGUGGACUACGCAUGGAGCCACGCUAUAGUAUCUGACGAGCUCCAUAGUAACCUUCACAGCACGUGCGGUCUUGAUGAAGAGCAAACGAGCAACACGACCAUACAAUGCUACGAAAACAUCAAAGCUUUCAUGGAAGCUUACAACGACAUCGAUAUAUACAGCAUCUAUACUCCCGUUUGCCUCUCCUCUGAUUCGUCAUCUUCUUCUUCUCAAAGAAGACCUAAACUCGUCGUGUCUCCUAGUCUCUUUACUUAUCACGACAUGUGGGAUAAGUUUCCUGCUUCCGGGUACGAUCCAUGCACAGAAGCCUAUACCGAAAACUAUUUUAACCGGAAAGAUGUGCAGGUUGCUCUCCAUGCAAACGUUACAAACCUUCCUUAUCCAUACACUCCUUGCAGCGGGGUCAUAAGGAGAUGGGGUGAGGCUCCAUCCACCGUGCUUCCCAUCAUCCAGAAGCUUUUGAAGGGUGGCCUCCGCAUCUGGAUCUAUAGUGGCGAUACUGAUGGGAGAGUUCCAGUGACAUCUACACGUUAUAGCAUAAAGAAGAUGGGAUCUAAGGUGGAGUUACCGUGGAGGUCGUGGUUCCACGAGAGUCAAGUGGCUGGAUGGGUUGAGACUUACGCCGGAGGACUAACUUUUGCUACUGUUAGAGGAGCUGGUCAUCAGGUUCCGGUCUUUGCUCCGGCACAGUCUCUCACCUUGUUCUCUCACUUCCUUUCUUCCACCCCGUUGCCUUCAAAACGCUUCUGAUCAUUUUCGCCAAUUCAUGGCAAGUUGCUAUUGUCUUGAAACCGUCUUGUGGUACUUAACGUACCCAAUUGAUACAAUGAGUUUCAAUUAAUCAAAUAAAUAAUAAAAAACCUUUCUAUGCUGUU